AUGUCACGCGCAGGUCCAGCUUCCCCUGAUGAAGUAUCAACCCCUUCAGAGCUCCCUGCUGGGUCCAGGGCACAUCCAAAUGCUGGCGGGCCUCCUGGCAGCCGAAGGAUACGGGUAUCUUCAACUUCGACACCUCGGCCACCACAGAAUGUAACAGAAGGCUCAACCGGGAACAGGGGAACUCGUACAGCGUCGGGCCAUCCACCUUCCAUAUUGCCGCCUGAAAAGGUCUUCCCCAUUCAGAUUGGUUCGGACCUGUUCAGAUUAUCUGGAGCCUCCAUCUCCUCCGACGCGCCAUCCUACUUCACCCAGUUCUUCGAGGAACAAAUCCGGCAGAAUGAGGAAUCCGGCGGCGUCAGGACGCUCUACAUCGACCGAGACCCUGCCACCUUUCGAGACGUAGUGCGGCAUUUGCAAGGUUACUAUGUCAAGCCACUUGAUGGAAGUCAUUUUGUCAAGCUAUUCGCGGAUGCCCAGUUCUACAGCCUGCCACGCCUGAUCAACCAGCUAUUCGAGUCCGAGAUCUUCAUUCAAAUUGGGGAACGACAUUUUCAAAUCCCCAAAGACAUCUUUUCGGAGCCGGGAAAUUCGCCCAACUUCUUCUCUCUCGGCUUCGCCGUCUUCUUUUCAUCUCCCGAUGAAGUAUUCCCUGGUCUCGACCGGCGCGGGCUACUGCGACCACCGUCCAUCACUCCUCCUGCGGUGCCUGGGCGAUCGGCCAACAUCUUCGCCGAAUUGCUCCACCUACUACGAGGCUACCCUCUGCACGUCAGGGACGAAUACCACCGCACCGAGCUUCUCCGAGACUGCCGCUACUUCCACCUUCGAGGACUGGAGCAGAAGAUCAUUGCUCAUGAGAUCAGUUACAAUUCGGAGAGACACAAACAAGAGAUUUGUUUGCGACUGGAGGACGUUAAGCCCUCCGGCGUGUCGUACAACCGGGACGAUUCGGGCGAAAGCCAAGCGUCCGUUGGAGGAUGGGUGUAUUACGCCAGGCCGUUCGUGGACGACACCUCGUACGAAAUGGUGCUCGAAAUCGGCGGCGAAAGCACGGUGCUUGAUUUGACCGAGAUGACGGUCGACUUUCACGGACUGGCCAAGGCACGGGUCUCGUCACUUUUCCAGGUCGUCGCGAACAAAAUGAAUCUCCCUACGAAUGCACCCCUCGGGCUGAUGAUGUUGUCUGGUGCGGCGGCGCCGUCGUCCUCGACGCAAACGCAAUCUGCGAGUCCUGGACAGACGCCCUUGAGCGAGGACCGCGUCAAGGUGCGUUUCGAGGCAGCUACUGACAUCACUUUGGACGGCGAGCGUUACGAGAUCGACUGGGACAGUCCACUCGGCCAGGUCAUGCUCUCGGGACCCUCCACCGCGGCCAUUGAGUCGGGAUCUGAAUCGGACGAUGUUAUGACUGAAGGAACCGCGACAAGACCGGUUGGAUCUGCAUCUGCUUCGACUGCUGGUAUUGGCCACCCAGCACGCCGUCCUCCUCCAACUCCAACUCGACAGACCCAAGCUGGACCCUUUCCCCAAGCAGCCGCCCCAAGCCAUCGACCGUUUCCCACAGCAGCGCCGUCUACAAAAAAGCGGAAAAGACAGCCCAGUGAAGGGGAUCUGGGACUCGGGGAGUGGAUCAUCCGCACCGGACAGUGGCGUCUGCGAGUGCAACCCACCACCACCCAAGACAGCAGGAGCAGCAGCAGCAGCACAAGAGGAGGUGGUGGUAGUUACCAGAUCAUUUUCAUUGGAGUCAAGAUUGACGCUUACUCCAGUGAACGGGCGAGAAACGCACGGCGAGGAUUUCUGAGCUGA